ACCUUUCAGCACGACACCGACCCAAAGCACACAUCCACAAAAGCAUGGCUUCUUCUGACAGCAUUUUUUUAUGUGCCAUUUACUCCAAACCAGCUGCCUCUCUACCAUAAAGGCUUGCUUGACUGUGCACUGCAGAGACAGUUGUCUUUCUGUCACAUUCUCUCAUUUCUGCUGAGAAACUUACAAGCUCUGUUACAGUGGCCAUUGGGUUCUUGGUUACCUCCCUUACUAAGGCACUUCUUGCCUGGUUACCUAGUUUGGCCAGAUGACCAGCUUGUCAGGCACUCUCAUCUGUUUUCCCACAACUUUGACACACACACACACACACACAAUGAUACGUCACUCUGUUUAGACUGACGACUUCACUACUUUAGAUAGCACAGUGCCACAGCUGGGUGGAGCCGGCACAGUUUAGAUCAUUCCAUUAGUCCUUAAGUGAAAUCUCCACCCGCCCAGGGCAUCAGCCAUGCAAAACAAACAGUUGGACUGGACAAUUAACACAUUAUGCCACUGACCUCAAGACACCCUGCUACUGAUCUCAACUAACCCUGUUACUGUCCUUAAGACACCCUGCUAUUAACCCCAACAUAACCUGCUAAUUUACUCAAGACAAUAUGUUACCGACCUCAAACGCAAUUUGUCAUGAGUGUGGCCUCGGUAGAUAGACUGAUAGAGCCAAAGCGUCCUCGUGUUUAAGAGUCUGCACUGAAUCUAAAGUGUUUUUACAACCGUUAGUUGUAGCGUGCACUCUUCUGUGACGAGCCCGGUUUCAGAAAACACAUCUCUUAACGUUUCUUUCUAGGGACUCGAUUUUCCCUGCUGCUGACUUCAACACACCCGACCUCUCUUGACUGUACACUUUCAUCCCUCUAUCUCUCCUCCCCCUCACAUUUUUACCCCUCCAUCUUUUCUCCUCCCCGUCACACUUGCACCCACUUGGGCCUGUCUCUGUCAGUCCGAUAGGCCGGUUCAGGAUUGGGAUCAGCUCCUCAUCCCUUCUAGUCUACACAGGAUCAGUGCACUGUCAUUCCAAUUCUCUUUAAUUCCAAUUCGCUUUUUACAUUUUAAUUGGAUUUUGGUUCACUGUCCGAUGCCCUGCAUCUAAAAUAGAAUUGACCCCAACUCUGGUGCAGAGGAGGUCAGGGGGGGAGCUUUAGUGCCAUCUGGCCAGUCUAUCAGCUCAUUACCUGAGCUCCGGGCUAAGAGCAGCGCCACUAAACCCUCCUCCCACUGUGACGCCUGGCAAGACUUGACCAAAUCUUACCAACAUAGACAGUUAUUCAUCCACUGGAGUGUACUGGAACUGCUCGGGGACUGCUUUGGAACUGUUUGGGAUCUGCUCUGGGACUGGUCUGGAACUGCGUGGGAUCUGCUCUGAAACUGCAAGGGGAGUGCUCUGUAUCUGAUGGGAUAUAUGGUAGUGAGAGGGAGACGGUUAGCAGAUCAGAGUCCGGCAAACAGAGGGAAAGAGUUGGUUGAGGAGAGGAGAGAGGAGGAUUGUAGAGGAAGACCGGAAAACCAGGAGUGGAUGAAAUGACAAAAGGGGUUUUGCAAAAUGUUGUGAUUGUUAAAAAUGGGAAAUAUUGGCAGUAAAUGAGUUGUUCUGAGUGAGCAGCAGAUUAGCUGUGUGUCUAAUGGUCGAGUCAUGGGGGAGGAGUCGCAUGGUACAAAUGGACUACCGUGAUCAAUUCUAGAUUUAGCACGCUGAAUUCAAGAACAGCCGUAGUACAUUCUACAACCCCACACAGUUUUAGGUCAAAUGAGGAGAGUGGGUAUCAUGGGUCUACACACCUCAUAACUGCCUCCAACGUCUCCACUAUGGUAAGUUAAGAUCCCUCAGGCAACCCAAAGUCGCACACACAUUUGUGUUUUAGAAAAUAUGUCAACAACUCAUGAGAAUGAUUUGCCACCUGUAGGAUUACCAACAUUAAUUAUUUAAGGAAUUCCUAAGAUUAGGCAUGCCAGUUUUACAAUGCAGGUGAGAUCACUAGGUAAGUGUGCCUUCAUGACAAAUUUGCCUUCCUGGCUGGAAUAUUAGUGUGGGAAUGAGCAGAAUGUGUUGGUGCGAAUAACAUUGGACAGUUUAGAGAUCCGGCCUGGUGGUAAAGGGGGCAACGUGGAUAGUUUUUGUCAUAAUAUCUUUAUGUUUUGAUUUUGACAUCUUUCUUUUCUCCACCGGUACUGGGGAAACAUAAUGCCAAAGCAAUAUUUCACAAAAAUAUUUUCACACCAUAGAUGUACGUUCUUCAACUAAAGGAAAACCAUACAGAUGAACUACAGGGGAAAACAUUCGGCCGUAAAAAUAAAUUGCCCAAAGAAAUGCAGUAUAUUUUAAAUGUUUCUUACAUAUACUGUAUGCUUUCAGAAAAUUAUUCUAUCACACCUUGUUGUUCUUCAAAUAAAUAAAAAUACAUUCUCCUGUUGCCAGACCAAUAUUUACGGCCUCACAUUCUCUUAAAAAAUUCUCAAUAUGUAAUUCAUGGUUGACUUAAUGACAGUAAAUUGGCCCUGAUGCAGCAAAGCAGCCCCAAGCCAUGAUGAAACCACCUCCAUGCUUUAGGGUUAAUUUUUCUGUUCUAAGGUAGUGUUUUGUUUUGAACAAACAUCUGGCAUUGUGGCCAAACAUCACUUUGUUACAGUGGUAGUUUUGAUGUUUACCAAGCUGUGGUCUGGCAAACCCAAGCUGUGUUUUCAUAUGAUUGUUUGAGAGCAGAGGCUUCUUCCUUCCUGAACUGCCAUGUCGGCCAAGUUUGUGCAGUUUCUUUCUGACAGUGUCUUUUAUGACUCAGGCACUUCGACUGUACUUGUGUCAAGAGAGGCCUGUGGAUCCUUUGAUGUUACCCCGGGGUUUCUUGGAGACAUCUGUGAGCAUGUUUUGUCAGCUCUUGGCCUGAAUGUGAUGAGGUGUGGAUUGCCAGUGGUCUGAAUUAUUCUCAAUUUGUAGAUGAUUCAUCAGAUAAAUGCCUUAUAACCUUUCAAGACUCACUGGCAUCAAUACAUUUUUAAAAUCUGUCUGGAGCUUCACAAGUUACUCCACUGAUUUUCUAAUCAUUUGCACCUGUGUUGGUGCACCUGCUUCUAAUCUUAGCCAUUUUACGUAAUGAUAGGUGUGUACUAACUUAUAGGUGUGUACUUACUUAUUCCGCAUAGUGCAAUUGUAUUUUGGUUGUUGUUAUUUUUAACUCUAAUCCACACAGGCACAGACGUAUGCGUCCACCUGCAAUAGGUGACAUCACGAACCUCCAUCAUGAACCUUAAACCAAAUAACCUCAAAGUGGCGGUCCAGAACGGCACCGUAGCCAUGGCGACCUGUGCCAGGGAGGAGAGCGGCUGCGAGCCCCGGCACCCCGCUGACAUCACUCUGCAGGCGCCAACCCUCUCUGCCGGUGCAAGUCCCGGCGUUUCUCCGGGCCUGCGGAGGAAACGGCUAAUGUGGCAGUCCGCCGUCCGACACAUCAUCGACCGGCGUGACUUAUACCCUCCAACCUCUGACCCAGAGGAAGGGUCAAUGUCAGGAAUAGGUUCCGGGGCACGCAUAGUGCUCACAGAUGCCUACAUCAACGACAUCAACAGGCAGAUCCGUGGCAAGGUGUCCCGGGGGGGAGUGGGACAUAAGCGGCGUUCGUCCGCGGUUCGUAUCCACCCAGACAAUCGGGACAGAGUAUCCACGGAAGCCCAGAGUAUCAACGACUCCCUCAGCGACGCCGACUACUUCGUCUCCUGGGGUUCAACUGUCAGAGGAGUGUUCCUGCCAGAUCUGCAUCACACUUUCAAGUCCCCAGACCUGGAGCAGUUGUAUCAGCAGCAUGCAGCCGGUCAGAGGAUAAACUCUCUGGUCUUCACCAACGUCAUUGACAUCAUCACCAAACUCCACAUCCUGGGUCUGACCUUGUGGACGGAGCCUCACAGCCUGAACACAGCCAAAUGCUGUCUGAUUGGCCUGUUCAUUGCCCUGGGGGUGGGGCUCUCCAUUCUGGUGCUUUGUUCUUACAAGAUGAUGUCAUCACCAGAAUGGCUGAGAUACUUGGCCCUGACCAGCUGGUUCUCCCAGACAGCGCAGGUGUUGGGUGGUGUGGUGGGGGGUUUGGAGAAGGACCAGGCGUGGUACGUCCUGUUCACUCUGUUUGCUACCUACACCCUUCUGCCCCUCCCACUCCUCUGGUCGCUCCUCACUGGCAUGCUCACUGCCGCGCUGCACCUCCUGGUGGAGACGCUGUGCCACUACGACGACGCUGCACUCUUCAGAAAGGUUCUGGUGAAGGCCUUGUUGUACCUGGGUAUGAACACUGCGGGGCUGUUCGUUCAUUACCUGUCUGACCGCACCCAGAGACAGGCCUUCCUGGAGACACGACGCUGCAUAGAGGGGAGAGUACGCCUGGAGAGAGAGAACCAGAGACAGGAACGUUUGGUUAACUCCAUAAUCCCGCGGUUUGUUGCCUUGGAGAUGAUUGCUGACAUGACCAACAUGGAUGAUGACCAGUUGCAGCAGCAGUUUCACAAGACCUACAUUCACCAGUACAGAGAUGUCAGUAUUCUGUUUGCCGAUAUAAAAGGCUUCACCUCUCUGUCCAUGAUCCUGUCGGCUCAGGAGUUGGUCCGAACGCUCAAUGAGCUGUUUGGCCGCUUUGACCGUCUGGCUGAGGAGCACCACUGCAUGCGUAUCAAGAUCCUUGGCGACUGUUACUAUUGUGUGUCAGGAGUUCCAGAGCCUGAGCGAGCACACGCACGCUGCUGUGUGGAGAUGGGCCUUGCCAUGAUCAACACCAUAAAGUACGUGCGAAGGGAGUUGAAGCGUGACGUGGACAUGCGUAUCGGGAUCCACUCUGGCUCGGUGCUGUGCGGGGUGCUGGGUCUGCAGAAAUGGCAGUUUGACGUGUGGUCCUGGGACGUGGACAUCGCCAACAUGCUGGAGGCCGGAGGUGUGCCGGGUCGUAUCCACAUCUCCCGGGCAACGCUCGACUGCCUGGACGGGGCCUUUGAAACGGAAGAGGGCCACGGCCACGAGAGAAACGAGUUUCUGCGAAAGCACAAAAUCGACACGUUCCUGAUUCGCAACACGUCCGAGGAGGAGGAACAGGAGGAGCCCGUCAAGUUGUCUCAGCGGUUCAGUCAGGAGGAGCCUGUCAUCACCGGAUGGACCACCACGCUGCCAUUUGGAAACAUCAUCGGAAUGAACUGUAUCCUGGCGACCUUCAGCAACAGCUCUCUGUCCCAGUUGCCCAAUCAGCUGGCGGUGCAGCGGACAGGCACGCGGGAGGUCAACCAGAGGAUCCAGCGGGCCAUUGAGGUCAGGAGCAGCGAACGGAUGAGACAGGAACACAUUACCACCUUCACACAGGAGUUCAAGGACAGACACAUUGAGGACAAGUUUUCCCAAAUGCGUGAUGAGAUGUUUAAGUCCAACCUGGUGGGAUCCUUCAUCAUCUUUUUAUUCCUAUUGGCCUCUCAGGCCCUCAUCUCUGCCGCAAGGUUAAUCUGGUUAAUGUUUCCAAUGCUGGUCCAGUUCGGGGUGUGCGUGUGCAUGUAUCUGUUGCUGCUGGUUCUGGUUCUGGCCGAGGAGUUCAAGCGGUGUCCUCUGGCGCUGCAGUUUAUCUGCUGUUGGGUCCACGAGACCAAGAGUGCCAGAACCAUCCUCACACUCACUGCUGUCAUCAUCAACUUUGGAGUGGCUUCAUCAGAUAUACUUUGGUGUGUAGAAUUGGAGGUGGAGCUUGACACUAAAAUAACCUCUCAGCAGCACAUCUCUACCUGGCCUGUUGAUAUCUGUUCUAAUCCUGAGUUCCUGGUUUUCAGUGGGGUGGUUGCCAUGGUGUCGUGUGCUGUGUUCUUCAGGCUGCACUGUCUCCUGAAGCUAGCUGUCUCACUGACGGCUAUAGCUGUGUAUACAUACCUCAUAGAGGUCAGCUACCACACACUGUUUGUGCAACACACAUCUGGAAACACAAGGCAUCAGUACCUGAGGAGGAAAGAUGUGUGUGUUUUGCUCAUGGCCAUGUUUGCGAUGGCUGUACUUUACAACAGUAGACAGCUGGAGGCGACAGCACGCUUAGACUUUCUGUGGCGUCUGCAGGCCAGAAAGGAAGUGAUGGACAUGAAGGAACUAAGGGAACACAAUGAAUGUUUGCUCUUCAACAUCCUGCCUUCACACGUCGCGCAACACUUCCUGGGGCGAGACCGGCACAACCAGGACCUGUACUCCCAGUCCUACGAGCGUGUUGGGGUGCUGUUUGCCUCCAUCCCAGGUUUCACUGACUACUACAAACAGAAAGAAUUAAUCCAUCAGGAUGUGGAGUGUUUGCGACUUCUCAACGAGAUCAUCGCUGACUUUGACGAGUUGCUGGAUGAAACGUAUUUUCAGGACAUUGAGAAAAUCAAAACCAUCGGCAGCUGUUACAUGGCUGCCUCUGGCCUGAGUCCAGACAAACAGGAGUGCGUGGAUCAGUGGCAUCACCUCAGUGAGCUGGUGCUGUUUGCUCUGGAAAUGCAGGCGACACUCAAACAGAUAAAUACAGACUCUGGACACAGCUUCCAGCUCCGUGUUGGCAUAGCCCACGGUCCGGUGGUUGCGGGGGUGAUAGGCACCACCAAGCCUCAGUAUGACAUUUGGGGCAUGACCGUGAACCUGGCCAGCCGCAUGGACAGCACUGGAGUAAGUGGGCGCAUACAGGUCCCAGAAGGUACUAGCCGUGUCCUGGUUAGGCGGGGCUUCGCGCGAGAGCUACGAGGAGAGAUAUAUGUGAAGGGCGUGAGCGAGUGUCGCGGGAAUGUCAAGACAUACUUUCUCAGGAGCCGCGAGGUGUGUUCCAGCCAUGGAGGUCGCAGUGUAACCCGCGGGGGUCCGGGCAGGAGCACCCUGGCUGCUCUAGUCUUCACCCUGGUCCAAACCAGGAAGAGGGAGAAACAGAGGGAGUCCAACGGUGGGUUCCACCACCUGGAGGUGUCAUAAACCCUGAGGUGUGUUCACUAGGAACCAAACCUGAGCAAAUGUUCAACGAAUGAAGCGACGCUGGGAAGGACCUAUCGCAGUUUGCCGGAGGAUGGGCGUCUACCUGCUGGAGCUGUCGCAGGCAUUAGGGUGGAGUUAACCAGGGGAGGAGCUAACUGAAGAAAUGGGAUUGGAGCUUCCCUUGUCGUCUUCUGAACUUCACCAGCAGCGCAGAGGAUUGAGCAAAAGUCAUUGAAAUUAUGUAUUUUUUUGCUGAAAAUUACACACAAAAGAAUGUAAAGCGAUGUGACACAGCUGACACAUGCAUGUGACAAAACAUGUUUUUUCAGUCAGGAAGCUGGUGGGGUAUCACCAGCAGCCAGGGAAUGUCUAAGGCAUGUCCAGGGAAUGUCUAAGGCAUGUCCAGGGAAUGUCUAAGGCAUGUCCAGGGAAUGUCUAAGGCAUGUCCAGGGGACCAAGACAUGACAAACCAUUCAGAGGACAUCCUUAAGACACUCAGGGCAUUUGGAUGCUUUUCUCUUUUCAGUUUGUAGCUUAUGAGUGGCGGUUAGCAUUUGGGGAAGGUGGGCAGGCCCUAUGGCUCUCUCUGGAGUAACACUAUAAGCUAGACAUUAAAGACUUCUGGGUGUCAAAAAACAUCUCAGUGAGCCAAACUGGUUGAUAAGAUAUCAUGACAGGUGUUCUGAUCCUUGGUCUGUGCCAGGUCGAAUUACAUUGCCUGAGAAGGAAACUGCACUUCUGCAUAUAAGAAAACAAACUCUUAAUACAACUAUACAUCUAUUCAAUAAAAUCACAAAAGCAUCACUGUACUGUCAUGUAUGUCUUUGGUA